AUGAAGAUUGAUCCCUCUUCAGAGGCCCAUGCUGUUACUUGUCGUCUGCUGGAUGGGACGUCGGUCGAUAUCUUGAAGUACGAAGCGGAGCUUGUACGAUCGGUAGCAUGCCUCAAACAAGCGAUGGUGGUUGGGGACGCCAGGCCUUACUUAGCGGCUCUCUUAAGCCUGAAGACAGUGCCCGGGACGAAAGAGCUGCAUGCAGAUGCGAAAGAGGCGGCAAGAAGGGGAGGAAGCGACGCGAAGACAGUGAAAGACGCGUGUCUGUGCGACAACUUUCAAAGGCACAUGUCAGAGCAGAUCGCGCUCUUCAACGCUGGCGUCUCGUGCUGGAUCCAACGCUUCGUCAUCGUUCCCUUCAAACUGCCCAAGACAAACAGGCUGAGAGACCCGCGGGUCAGGCAGGAGCUGACGGACAAGUACCGGAUCACCAUCUCCAACCUUUACCGUCAAGACACUCACACGCUAACGCCUCCUGCCCUCGAGCUUGAGAAAAGUCGCAUGUCACCAGCCCUCGCAUCCUCCUCCUUGUCUUGCAUCGAACCCGAUUGUCUUCUCGCGCACUCGAUCAUGUUGAGAGACGUUGAACUCUCGCCAUCUUCAUCGGUAGACGUGCAAGAUGAGGAGAUUGACGAGCUGCAUGUUCAUCUUGAUCUCAAUCUGGUGGGCGAGUCAGAACGGGCGAGGAGGAAGGUGAAGGAGGAAGGUCCUUGUGAAGGUCUUAGAUCAGCUGAUCUGUCCCCUGCUCGUCUCCAUGAGUGCAGCGACGAUCCUCAAAACUUCGACCUGGAGGACCAGGACGCUCAGGUCUGUGCGUUCGACACAGCCGAGCCUGAGGGGAUGCAAGCGGCAGCAGCGACGGAGAAGAGAAUUACUAGGAAGGCGAAGGGAAGCAACAAGAAAUCCAAGCCUGCACUCAACAGCCUCGCCUUGCAGGCCGAGAGGAUGGGAAUGCUUGCGGCAGAGUCGAUGGAGGAUUGUGCAGAGAGGCUGCCAAGUUGGGCGACAGGCAAACGAAGAGAAAAGAAGAAGAAAGAAAAGAGAAGCGAAUUCGUCUCGCUGCGGCAGAGACCUGAAGAUCCUCAACCUGAGCGACCUGGAGUCGCUGUCAGAGACCCGCGCUCCGACCGCCAAGGAGAGGAGGGGGGCGAAACAGAAGCAGAAAGUUGGACGGGGACUGGCAGACCAUCCUUCCUCGACCGUUACAUCCAGCCGAGUACGAAAGCGAGGAUGCUCUUUGUCAUCGGUACCCUCAUCCCCAUCUUCCUCAUCCUCAACAUCUUGUUGCACUUUCGAUGUCAGCAUCCUUACAUGAGGAAGUGGGUCAAGUACAGCUGCGUCGCUCUGCUCCUCUGGCUUCUCAUCGCCAUCUUAUGGGUCAUCAUCGCUGUGAUGGAGGCCAAGGCAUCAGCAACUUUGGGAGGCUGA